AGGCAGCAUAGAUAUAGAUUCAGAAACAACCUUCAGUUGUUCAUCAUUGUCAUCUUCCAUCGUUUUUCUACUGCAACCUACUCUCACCUCUAAACUCAGUUGCUCUGCGAAAUUUGGAAGAGAACAACAGUCUCAAGCGGCUUAGGAAAUGGAAAAUAUGUUAACCCAGCCGCUAAUCGCUGUGUUAAUCUCUUCUUUUAUCGCCAUUAAAGCUUACAGGAAAAAAUCUCUCAACUUCUCUGGCGCUAUUGCCGGUUUUCUUGUUAUGACCAUUCAUUUCGCAGUCAAUUACAGAUUUGGAGCUGUACUGCUUGUGUUCUUUCUCACUUCAUCCAAACUUACAAAGGUUGGAGAGGAGAAGAAGAGACGAAUUGAUGCUGAUUUCAAAGAAGGCGGACAAAGAAAUUGGAUACAAGUUCUAUUCAACAGUGGCAUUGCUACAGUUUUGGCUUUGGCUACUUGGAAAUUGGCUGGAUGGGAGGACAAGUGCUUGGAUACUAAAGAAUCAACUUUAGUAGUAUCUUUAUUUGGUGGUAUUAUCGGUCACUAUUCUUGCUGCAAUGGAGACACUUGGUCUUCCGAGCUUGGGGUGCUUAGUGAUGCACAACCACGAUUGAUCACAACCUUUAAGCCUGUCCGGAGGGGUACAAAUGGUGGAGUAACGAUAGCAGGCCUUGUAGCAGCUGCAGCAGCUGGAAGCGUUGUUGGACUUACAUUCGUUCUUAUCGGAUUUUUCACAACUAAAUGUGAAUAUAAUGUAGCUCUGAAGCAGCUGUUGAUUAUACCCCUUGCAGCAGUGGCUGGAUUAUGUGGGAGUCUCAUAGAUUCAAUAUUGGGAGCAACACUUCAAUUCAGCGGAUUUUGCACUGUUCGCAACAAAGUUGUUGGAAAACCUGGACCAACAGUGAAGAAAAUUUCAGGGCUUCGCAUUCUUGACAAUAAUGCUGUGAAUCUUGUUUCAGUACUGUUGACUUCAUUGCUGACUUCCAUUGUAUGUACGUACAUUUUCUAAACUGUUAUUUUCAGUCAAGUUCUGUAUUAAUUUUUAGAUUACAGGUCUCAAACUGUGGCUUUGCAACUGAAUAAUGUAUCGAUUAUCCGAGAAAUACUAGUCAUAGCCACUUCAGGAAACUUGAUGAUUCCAGAUUUGUUGAACUCACUCUUGCAAUAUAUUUCCUGCA